GCCGUUUCUUCUUCUUCCUCGCUUCGAUUAAUCUCAUCUCUCAAUCAAUCAAAGCUUCGUACCUCAAAUCCCUCAGUGUAGUUUUUAUUAAGCAAGAAUCAUCUGCAACCAUGUUUAUGAAUCGGCUAUUCGGGAAACCCAAGCAGGAGACCAAUACUCUCCAAACAUUAGACAAGCUCAGUGAGACUCUUGAGAUGCUAGAGAAGAAGGAGAAUGUUCUUCUGAAGAAAGCUAAUGGAGAGGUUGAGAAAGCUAAGGAAUUCUCCCGGGUGAAGAACAAACGCGCGGCUAUACAAUGUUUGAAAAGGAAGAGGUUAUAUGAGCAACAAGUUGAACAGCUCGGUAAUUUCCAGCUCCGUAUUCAUGAUCAGAUGAUUAUGUUAGAAGGUGCGAAAGCAACAACAGAGACUGUAGAUGCUUUGAGGACUGGAGCUUCUGCAAUGAAAGCUAUGCAGAAAGCAACAAACAUUGAUGAUGUUGACAAGACAAUGGAUGAGAUCAACGAGCAAACUGAGAACAUGAAACAGAUCCAAGAAGCAUUGUCGGCUCCAUUUGGAACAGCUGCUGAUUUUGAUGAGGAUGAAUUGGAAGCAGAACUUGAAGAACUAGAAGGCGCCGAGCUAGAAGAGCAACUUCUUCAGCCUGUUCCAAUCCAUGUGCCUCAAGGAAACAAACCUAAUCGUGCUCCAGCUCAAAAGCAACCUACUGCUGAGGAAGAUGAACUCGCUGCCUUACAAGCUGAGAUGGCUCUCUAAGCUGAAGCUAGCCUUGGAAGAUUUCAGUUAAGUGGGGAGCUUUGUGUGUGCAUUAUUCAAAACAGAAAGAAAGAUUUUAUGUAUAUAAGGAUCCGAGUCAAAUUGAUCGGAAGAUUUAUUUUUUUCAAUAUAAUUAACUUAUUAAACUGCAUUUGAAUGUUUCUUUUGCAUUUUUGUCAACUCUUUAUGACACUUUCUUGUGGUAAUCUUGUGGGUUACGACUUGGUUGGUACUCUCUGUUCUUUUUCUCCUUCCUUCCCACUUUUGCUGUUUUGACUUGGUUAAAUAUAACUACGUGUCGUUU